AUGUGUCGUACGAUACGUUCCCAGUCCGUGGACUCCAGCUGCUCGUUUCUUGUCUGCGGGAGAAGAGAGUUUAAACAGAGGAGAGGAGAAUUGGGCCACCAGCAUCCAGCAACCAGCAAGCAAGGAAGCGAGCAGCAAGCAAGCAAGCAAGCAAGCAAGCUCAGAGAAGACGCCAGACACGAAACCGGAUGGUGGUGAAUGCGCAUUUGGACUGAACACGCAAAAUACAAAUAUCGGUGGAUUGGGUGUUGGGUGGUGGUGGUGGUGGUGGGUAAGGAGAAUUGAGGGAGGAGAGCGAGAGGAGGAGGAAAAUAAUUUUAAAAGAUUGCGGUCUGAGUGGAGAAGAGUGGAAACGAGCAGAGCACAGCGGAUGAUGGGAUGCCACUAUAGUGGAGGAUUGGUGCUUGAGGGUGCGAUGAGAUUGCGUACGCGGAUCUUGCCUUAUCAAUUUGGCCCUUGUCCGGUAAGCGGAAGGGGGCGAUGGAAAAUCAGGUUGGAAGGUACAAGAGUUCCUGCAGAUCGAUGCCUCCGUGCAUCUCUGAGUCCCGAGCAUCGUCGGUCCGUCCACUUCGAGGCCGUGGCGACUCAAGUGGAGACAUUGGCUCUUAAGCUCGCGAAACAGGCGGGCGCUUUGAUACGCGAGAAGUCAGGGAAAGCCUUACAGGUUGACACGAAGGAAGUGAGGUAUGAUUUGGUCACUGAGGUGGACAAGGCAUGCGAACGACUUUUGAAAUGUGAAGUCCGGAAUGUUUUCCCUGAGCAUGACUGGGUUGGGGAAGAAACUGCCACGGAACUUGAGUUGAAAAAAUUGGUCACAAAUUCUCUGUCUGCUCCUUGGACGUGGAUUGUAGAUCCUAUCGAUGGGACACUCAGUUUCGUCGAUGGAGUGCCGCUAUCAGUGGUAUCCAUCGGAAUUGCAUAUAGGAACUCGAUGGAAAUAGGAGUCAUCUACAAUCCUUACCACGAUGAACUCUUUCACGCUAGAAGAGGCCAAGGUGCUUUUUUGAAUGGCAAUCCUAUCAAAGUUUUACUUCCUGAAACUGAACUUGAGGAUACUACAGUCACUUUUGGAAUCCCAUCCAAGCCGGAUAAGCGCGUUGCAAUGCUGAAAGAUGUAACCAAAGUUGCUCUACACUGCCGUUCUCUCAAAGCAUUGGGCUCUGCGGCUUUGCACAUGAGCUAUGUAGCAGCCGGGCGGUUUGGAUGCUUCUUUGAAAAUGAUUUGAAGCCAUGGGAUUAUGCAGCAGGAUGGUUGAUAAUUGAGGAAGCUGGUGGUCGCGUGACUGAUUUGGAAGGAAAGCCUCAAACUUUACUGGGUGGGCCGAUUCUAGCUUCUAAUGGAGGCAUUAUCCACGAUCGCAUGGUGGAAUUGCUCAACUUGGACUGAAGUACAAGAAAAACGACCACGGGAGCUUCUACCGACAUCAUAUCCGGAGAAAGUUCUCUGCUGUGUGUGUGGAUAGCAGAUUCGUCGAUCGUUAGAUGAGAAAUUUUACUAUUCCUUCCGAGGUGUUUGAAAGACGAUCUUAUGAACAUCUUCAAUAAGGGCUCUUUCUAAUUUAGGUAAUAAAAUAUGGCUAUUCUGGGAGUUAUAACUUUGGAAAUCGUAGUAGGCGGUUGCAUAUAAAGAUAUCGUUGUUUGGGCCUCAUGCUCAUUUCCUUAUGAUAAGUCCCAAGAGUGUCAAAGUGAUUAGUACAAAUUGAAGCUCUGCUAUGAACAAUUACAAUCAACCAAUGUUUUGCAGCGAAAACCUGGGUUGCAAAACAUACAGAAUGUCAAGAAGACCUGAACCAACCUACCGGACAAAAGCGAAAGGGAGGCUCUAAGAGGUUGCUGCGAAGCCCUAUUGUAUGUACUGCACCGCUCACUACAAAAUAACACCUCGAAUAGACAAUAGUCAUGUUAUGUGGUGUGAAUGAUGC